CCAACGCGUGAUUUUGAGGCGCGUCUUUCUUUUUUUUUUGCAGAUUUCUUUUUCUAUUUCUUCCAAUAGUUAUGGUUCGUGUCGCCAAAAAGCAAGAUACUCCAGAAGAAGAUAGGCUUGUUUCAAAGUUUUUAAAAGAAGUUCGUCAUAUCGAAACUGUUAAGACCAACUGGAAAGCAGCAAAUAUACCAGAAGACAUUCAAGUUCAUUCUUUUUAUGCAAAGCUCAAGGAAGUAAAGCAAGCCAUUGAUGAAUAUAUAGAAGGAGAAUAUGAAUCCUACAAAAUUGAUCUUGCCGAAAAUGAAAAAAUUGAGACUGUUCGCAAAGAAAAUGUCUUUGGAGAAGAAGUGACAGAGUCUGAAAUGGAUAUCAUUCAAAAGCGUGUGGCUCUUCAACAACGCCAAUUCAAGGAAUUUGAACGUAGAGAGCAUGCGCGUAAAUCUAAAAAGAUUAAGGCAGUGUACGACUAUUUGACUGAUGAAGAAAUAACUGAAAUGCUACAAGACUGCAAAAAUGAUGAAGAAGAAGUCAUUGUUCGUCUUACUCAGCCUGGGUAUCUCUCUAGUGUUCGUAAAACUAUUGCAACUAAGCAUGCUCCUGAAGUUGAAACCUCGCAUAACUCUAUGAGUGCUGAACAACAAGCUGCCUAUAAACAACUUUUGAAGAAACGUUCAGAGACAUUGAAAAAGACAACCAAUGAGUCUGCUAAAAAACAAUAUCGCAUGGGAGGUCGUUUAGGUUUAGAUGAAGCACUUAAGCAAGUUCAAGAGAACCAAAUUGAUCCUGAAAAAGCAUUUGAAGGCUGGUCAUCGGCUCGUAUUCGUGCAUACCAAAUGAUUGAUGAGAAUCCCAACAGUUACUACUAUCGUUUUAACGCACCUGGAGAAGAGCAAAGAAAGGGUCAAUGGGCACCUCAUGAACGAGAACUUUUCUUCAAGCGUCUUGAAGAAGUGGGUGCCAAUGGUCAAUGGGGCAUAUUUGCUAUGAAAAUUCCAGGACGUGUAGGGUACCAAUGCUCUAACUUUUACAGACUCUUGAUUGAAACAAAUGAAGUGCAAGAUCCAAACUAUGUCUUGGAUGAAAAAGGCAAAGCACAUUACUUGUUUGAUAAAAAGGGAGCGGAUGGUAGUACUGAAAAGACAUUUAGAACACACAGUAAGCAUGGUACAGGGCGUGGCUCAGGCAUUGCUUCCUCUUCUUCGACGACAAAGACAACAAGAAGAACAGCAUCGGCUUCAACAACAACAACAACAACAGCAGCAGCAGCAGCAGCAGCUAAAAAAUCUAAAACAAGAAAAAGAAAGACAAGGGGCUGGAAUAGUGACGAGGAUGAUGAUGAUGAUGAAGAUGAUUUUGAAGAUUAUAAUGAUAAUUCUGGUACUUAUACCUUGAGUACUCGCACAACCCGUAGAACAAGAGCUAGAGUGGAACCUGAAAAUAAUGAUACCAAUAACAUGAACGAACAAGUAAACAGUAAUGAAGAAGAGUAUGAGAUGGAGGAGAGUGAAGAAGAUCUCAACUUGGAUAAUCCUCUACCUGGUUUUGUGGAUCCUAUUACCCUAGAAGAGGUUGUAAAGCCAGCUAUUUCUACAUAUGGUCAUGUAAUGGGUUACGACAGCUGGGUUCGUUGUCUCACUAAUUGGGAAGGCAAAAAGAACAUUUGCCCUCUUACCAAAAAACCUUUAACAAAGAGAGAUUUAGUUAUCUUGACACAUGAGAAUAUUGAAGAAUACAGAGACAAAAUCAUUCAAUAAAAUAUGUAAAUAAGCACAGUGAUAUGCAUAAAAAAACAAA